GCGGAUGCGAGGACUUGGGUGGCUACGUGCUGCAGAACCAGACGCUGCGCACUGUCCUGCAAGUCGUCGGCUCCUUGGCCGAAGUACUUCCGAGCCGUGAGACCGCGAGGCGCCGAGGCACAGCACUCGAAUCGAGGCUACACUUUACUCGGCUUCGCUGCAGUCUGGUUAUUGCUGGUCGUGUGCCUGCGUAAGCGAAUCCAGCUGGCCAUCGCCGUCAAUGAGGUGUCGGCGAAGUUCGUUGUGCAUCACCCGCAGAUGAUAUGUGUUCCGCUCUGCCAGUUCUUGCUAGUUGUGGCCUGGCUUGCGGUGUGGGUGAUCUGCACCGCGCUGAUCGUC